CUUUAAGACGGGAGUGAUCGCUCCGCUGGCGACCGUUCCGCGGUAUUAUCGAGCUCCCAGACUAACAACACACAUGAGCUAGAUGGAAUUAUAACAAUGGAAUAUCACUGCGUUCUGUUUACUGUUUUGUUGCAGUUAAUCGUCCAACCAGCCAGGUCCAGGCCCACUAUCACCCCUGAAGGACCCCAACUCAUAGUACCACUGAACGACGACUUCAGCUUGCAUUGUCAGAGUGACAGUUCAGUGCGCUGGCUGCGAGAAGACCGCCCCACACGAAUCCUUAAGGAACAAAGACAGGGUCAAGUGACAGUUCUUAAAGUGAGCAAAGCAGGCCCACAACACAUGGGCAAAUAUUCCUGCCGAGAGGAGGCAUCUGGUGAAAAAAGCUCCAUCUAUGUGUAUGUAAAAGCAUUCCUCUCAGCAGAUCCUGAAAAUCCCUUCAGGAGGAACAUCAUGUUUGACUUUGUUGCGGGAGAAGGAGAAACGACCACGCUCCCAUGCUUGGCCACAGACCCACGUAUGACAGACUUGCACCUGCAAAAAUGUGACGGACAGCCCCUGCCCAACAGCCUCCGAUAUUCCUCCAGUAUUGAGACGGGCAUAACGUUGGAAGAUGUCAGGAAGGACUUUGAGGGAUGUUACGUCUGUGUCGGGACUCUGGAAGGCAACACAGUUAAAUCCGGACAAUAUCAACUCAAUGUCCGCCUCGUUCCAGACGCACCUCCUGUGAUCACACUGGGUCAGCCUCAGAGAGUGCUGCUCAUCCAGGGGGAAGAGCUCUCCCUAUCCUGCAACACCUCAAAUGUCAACAGCGACAUCACAAUCAGGUGGAAGGCUCCUCAAGGAGUGCAACCUUCAGUGCAGCAGUUCUCAAGUAUCCUGCCCGAACCCAUUUCUCACCUGAGAAAUUCCACCCUAAAUCUGGGGUCUGUGACCAAGCAGGAUGCAGGGAGUUACAACUGCGAGGCCAGGAAUGAAAGAGGGACCAGUGCAAAGACAGUCUGGGUCGAAAUCUAUGAUAAAGGCUUCAUUAACCUAACAAGUGUGAAUAACAGCACUAAGAGAGUGCGGGCUGGAGAAAGUCUGUCCCUGCGUGUGGUAAUGAAUGCUUACCCGAAACCUCAUACAUUUUCCUGGAGCUACAGUGGUGUAAAACUCACCAACACUACUGAUCAUGUCAUUACCAGUCGCUCACAUGGGAAUAGUUACACCAGCGAGCUGAAGCUAGUGCGUCUCAAGGUGUUAGAAAGCGGCGUUUACAUCUUUUCAUGCUCAAACCGAGACGCAACUGUCCAUCAAUCGUUCGAAGUCCAUGUCAUAAGUAAACCACAGAUUGUGUCCCAUGACGGGCCGAUUGAUGGACAGGUGCGCUGUGUGGCUGAAGGUUACCCUACUCCUCAGAUUAAGUGGUAUUACUGCGACCAGCCCCAUUCAAGAUGCUCCAAUUCGCUGAAUGCCACUCAGGAGGAGGAGGAUGUUGUCACUGUAACCAUGACAAAUCCUCCCUUUGGAAAAAGCACAGUGGAAAGUCGACUAAACAUCACCAAGAACAGUUACGCCACCCUUGAAUGCGUGGCAUCUGCCAGUGGAGAAAUCGUUUACACUCUCUUCUCUAUCAGCGAGAACACUGUUCCUCAUGAACUCUUCACACCGUUGCUCAUCGGUUUUGUUGCUGCGGCUGUUAUCCUGAUUCUCAUCCUGAUUGUGCUGUCCUACAAGUACAUGCAGAAACCUAAAUACCAAAUACAGUGGAAAGUCAUAGAAGGUAUCCAUGGAAAUAGCUAUGUGUAUAUUGACCCCACCCAGCUUCCAUACGACCACCAGUGGGAGUUUCCCAGAGAUAAGCUGCGUUUUGGAAAAACUCUAGGAUCUGGAGCAUUUGGGAAGGUGGUAGAGGCCACUGCUUAUGGGAUGUCCAAAGCAGACACUAUGAUGACCGUAGCUGUGAAGAUGCUCAAACCAAGUGCCCAUGCCACUGAGAAAGAGGCUCUGAUGUCAGAGCUGAAGGUGCUUAGUUAUCUGGGCAACCAUAUUAACAUUGUCAACCUGCUAGGGGCCUGCACUAUUGGAGGUCCAACUCUAGUUAUAACGGAGUACUGCUGUUUUGGUGACCUGUUGAACUUCCUGCGCAGAAGGAGAGAAUCCUUCUACUUCACUACACUGAGAGAAGACUCUUACUAUAGAAACGUCAUGCUGCAGCCAGAACCAAAUGAGAGCAGGCAUGGAUACAUGACCAUGAAGCCCUCUGUAAUGGGACUUCUGUCCUCUGAAAACCGAAGAUCACUUAAUAAAGGUGAUUCAUACAGAGAUUCAGAUGCUGUUAGUGAGAUUAUGCAGGAAGAUGGCAUGACUCUGGACACUGAGGAUCUUCUUAGCUUCUCCUACCAAGUAGCCAAAGGGAUGGAUUUCCUGGCAUCCAAGAACUGUAUUCACAGAGACCUGGCAGCCAGAAACAUUCUCCUCACCCAAGGCCGGGUGGCCAAGAUCUGUGACUUUGGACUAGCCCGGGACAUCACUACUGACUCAAACUAUGUUGUUAAGGGCAAUGCUCGUCUCCCGGUGAAGUGGAUGUCCCCCGAGAGCAUCUUUGAGUGCGUGUACACCUUUGAGAGUGACGUCUGGUCUUAUGGUAUCCUGCUAUGGGAGAUCUUCUCUCUCGGGAGUAGUCCUUACCCUGGUAUGCCUGUGGACUCUAAUUUCUAUAAGAUGAUCAAGGAAGGAUACCGAAUGGAGUCACCGGAGUUUGCCCUGAGUGAAAUGUACGAGAUCAUGCACUCAUGCUGGGAUGCUGACCCCUUCAAGAGACCUUCAUUUGGCAAGAUAGUGGAGAAGAUCGAACAGCAAAUCUCAGACAGCACCAAACAUAUUUACUUAAACUUCAGCUCCAGAUUGCCUGCAGCACCGGGGUCCCGUGAGGAGUCCAGUUCUCACGUCCAGCGGCUAAACUCAGUCGGCAGUCACAUCACUGCCACUCAGCCCCUGCUCUCCAGCAACGAUGUCUUCUUGGAAGGAACAAGUCCACGUCACCCUCCGGUCUGAAGAUCAAUUCUCAGCAAAAACCAGGCGUUCCGGCAGAUGCCAUUCAUCUCUCUUUGCCCUGGCUAAGCGUCAUUGUAGCUGUCUGACAUACAUGAGGACAUUGGUGGAAAACACUGAUCAUAAAUCUCUUCUUGGAUCCAAGAGCAGUCAUAUUCUUUCCAGUCACCUUUCUUGCAGAUUGUGUAUAUAAGCCCCCUGCCAGAAAGGACAGUGAUGGUGUGCGUUCCUAAUAACAUUUCAUGUAUUCUUUGGAACUGGGGGAUAUUUUGAAUUUUUGAGAAAGCUAAUAAUCAAUGCUGGUAUCAUUCCAUGGUACUAUAUCUCCAACGUGAGUCUGCAAGAGGACUGAACUUGUUUUCUGUAGAAUCCCUUUGCUUUAUUAUAUGGGAUACAUAAACACAAUAACGCUUCUUUUGCUAAUUGUCAAGUCUUUACAAGUGACAGAAGUCUGAUUCAAGGAACAGGCUGAUUCAAGUCAGAGACUAAAUUAAAUCAUCACAGCGAAAACAAUGAAAAUGACUUUCCCAAAA